AUGCAGAAUAAAACGCCGGAUAUAGAUUUAACAAAAUAUGAUUGUGAGAAAAUGAUGAAAAAAUCUGAACAAGGAGACGCGGUAAGGAAUGAAAUGCUGCAUGAUUUUGGAUUUUACUUCAAUCCAUUGGCCAUGAAAACUCUUGAGCGUUUCGAAAUUCAGAUUGAAGACUUCUCAUUUACAGCAUUUAAUGCUGAUAUGACUUUAAAAACAAAUAUUUCAUAUCCAACUGUUAAACUACAAAUGAAUGGAUAUGAAAAAAGUCACAAGAGAAUUUCUUCAAAAAAGGAGCUUUUGCUUGUCGUCAAGAACAAAGACGAGAAAUGGAAGAACUUUUCAGAAACUCACUUUUUGCCAGAAUUCAAUUUUUUUGUGGAUAAAUAUAAAGAUUUUGAAGUCCGUGAGGAUGACAUUAUAAUUUCUGGAUUUCCACGUUCAGGAACGACUCGUGCUCAAGAAAUGGUCUGGCUUGUUGCAAAUGAUUGUGACUUUGAAAGUGCUUUGAAGCAUGAGUCUGAUGUUCGAUGUCCUUACUUUGAUCAUCCAGGUUGGAGUUUCCUGUUCCGCAAAAAUACAAUGGCUUGUUCCUUGGAUGAAAUGCCAAGUCCAAGAAUCUUAAAAACUCACUUACCUGUCCAACUCCUUCCUGAUCAAGUGUGGACUAAGAAACCAAAAAUAAUUUAUGUAUCAAGAGAUGUUAAGGAUGUCGCUGUGUCUAACUAUCAUUUUUGGUAUUCACUAGCUGUAAAAAGAAAGAUGGACAUGGAAGAGUAUUUUGAUUCCUUUAUGAAUGACACAAUAGUUUAUGCACCAUACAGACAGUCAGUUCAAAAUUACCUAAAUUUACCAAAUUAUGAGAAUAUCAUGUACAUCACAUAUGAAGGAAUGUGUGCUGAUUUAGAUGGAACUAUUCUUAAUAUAGCAAAAUUUUUAGGAAAAAGUAUUUCAAUAGAAAAUAGGCAAAAGUUAAAAGAGCAUCUAAGGUUUGACAACAUGAAAAAAAAUGGAGCUACAAACAACAAAAGUGUCUUGACAAAUAUUCAAGAAUUUACAGACGGCAAAGAAGGCGACAGUGAGAAUUUCAUAAGAAAAGGAAUCAUCGGAGACUAUAAAAACAGCAUGUCCAAAGAAUAUAUUGACAAGUUCAAUAAAUGGUACGCGGAAAGAGACUUUAUGAAUGAAGGCUUCACAUACAGAAAAGUCGAGGAAAAAUGCACAGAUUAAGGAUAAGAUUUCGAGAUAGUGAUUAAUUGAAAAAUCACUUUUAGGUCUACUUAAUUAUGAUAUUUUAUAGCUUUAUACUAUUUUAAUAGCUUUGCUUCAGAGAUGCUUCUAGUAAGUGUGUAAUAAAAUUAAGUUUUGUGUAGAUUUGAAAUAAAG